CAUAUUAGGGAUUUUGAAUCUCUAGAAGCCCAAAUAGGUAUCCAACUGAUGGGGUGGUAUUUUGGACAAUAUUCCAGGGACAUUCUCGUGUCCGCUCUCAAAUAAGACUGUGCAGUCAGGGUAUCCCUACAAGCGGUCUUGUUCUUCUAAAAGCAUCCCCCUGUAAUGAGGGGUCUGCAGCUCUGGUUUUCGUGGAAAGGUUAUCCACUGGUUUAGCAUUCAAUGAUUAUAUGGCUAGCUAAGUAUAGAAAGGUCGGGGAGGCUUGUGGAAUUCUUAUGCUGUCCCAGAGAAAGAAUGACCUCUAUCCGGGCGCUGGAGGGGAGGCGCAGGUCUCAUCAGCAGCCUCACUGGCCUCUUUAAGACAGGACCUUCUUUCUUUCCCGUCAUAGGAUGGGUCAGAGGGUGACCGCUCUCAGCAUCUCUCAUCGUCUUUCUGUUGCCCUUCCCCUCUGCAGAUCAAAGCUCACCUCGGGAGAACCUCCAGAGGGAAGAAACAGCCAACGGAGCCCCAGCCCUGGUGCCAGGCAGGAAAAGCCAGUAAACAAGUGAUUGACGCACUUUGUAGACAGCUCUGCGUGGGGGGCGGGGGCCGAGGAAGUGUCCCGGAUGGGGGCGGAGCCCCGGCGGGCCUGGCUAAGCCUCAUUGUUCCUCCGGUUCCCAGGGAAUAAGCCCUGUCUAGAGGCAGAGGGAUGAAGAGUUUGGAAUCUCUAAUUACAGAAGCUCAAAAUGUCAAGAUCGCCUCACGUUCAGUGACAGGUCAUGACGCCAGAGACGGAGAACUCAUGCUCUUGUGAAGCUGCCCUUGCUUUGCUAGAUGGGCUUUGGACUGGGAGGCUGCUUGGUCCCCUGCCUUCCACCUGGUCACAGAGGACUCAGUCAAACAAGUGGAACUGGAGACCAUCCUACAUGGAGUAUCUCAGGAAUGGAGACCAUCAUCCUACGUGGCGUAUCUCAGGAAUGGAGACCAUCAUCCUACGUGGCGUAUCUCAGGAAUGGAGACCAUCAUCCUACGUGGAGUAUCUCAGGAAUGGAGACCAUCAUCCUACGUGGAGUAUCUCAGGAAUGGAGACCAUCAUCCUACGUGGAGUAUCUCAGGAAUGGAGACCAUCAUCCUACGUGGAGUAUCUCAGGAAUGGAGACCAUCAUCCUACGUGGAGUAUCUCAGGAAUGGAGACCAUCAUCCUACGUGGCAUAUCUCAGGAAUGGAGAUCAUCAUCCUACGUGGAGUAUCUCGGGAAUGGAGACAAAACACCAUAUAUUCUCACUAAUAAGUGGGAGCUAAUAGAUGGGCACAGGGGGACACAAAGUGAAGUAAAGGACAUGAGAAACCGAGAUUGGAGGAGGAGGGUGUGGGAUAAAAACUCACCUAUUGGGUACAAUGAACACUAUCCAUGUAACAAGAACACUGGCACCCCCUUAAUGAGUAUAUUGAAAUUUAAAAAAGAAAGAAAAAGCAAAAUAAAAAAUACACUAUUAUUAACUAUAGUCACAGCAUUGUACAAUAAAUCUCUUGAACUUAAAAACAAAACAAAAAACCCCACUAAGAUGAUACUAGUAAAGCAUAACGUGCAAGGGCAAGAAGGGUGGAGCUGGCUGGGCGCCUGUGCUCAGUGGUUAUGGCGCCAGCCACAUACACUGGGGCUGGCGGGUUUGAACCUGGCCAGGGCCUGCUAAACAACAAUGACAACAACAACAACAAAAAUAGCUGGGCAUUGUGGCAGACGCGUAUAGUCCUAGCUACUUGGGAGGCUGAGGCAAGAGAAUCGCUUAAGCCCAAGAGUUUGAGGUUGCUGUGAACUACGAUGCCAUAGCACUCUACAGAGGGCGUCAAAAUGGGUACAGGCGAAACUUACUAAAGGCAGAAUACAAAUGUCUACAUACAAUAACU